GGGGUUUAAAACAUCACAUUACUAACUUUUUUUCCCCCUACUAUUGAUGCUAUUUCAAUAGAAGUUGCCAAAGUGAUGAUUAGGCACAUAAUCCACCAUUCUCUAUACCUUAAAACCAUAUUAAUUACCAGAAGAUUAAAUAGGGUUAGUUAAUGUGUGCAUGUUUCCUGUAGUGACCAUAGUUCUUUAACUUUGUUCAUAGCUAAUUUGUUGUUAUUUUGACAAGAAACGACAUGAAGGUGGCUCGUAGAUCGGCGGCGAUGACGACGACAACGGUGGCGGUUGCUUUGCUUGUUUUAUUGGUAGGCGACUUUACUAAUGGCGAAGAUGCUUACAGGUUUUAUACAUGGCGUAUUUCAUAUGGCGAUAUUUAUCCACUGGGACUCAAGCAACAGGGCAUAUUGAUAAAUGGGAAGUUUCCGGGACCUGUAAUUGAGACUGUGACCAACGAGAAUUUGAUCAUCAAUGUAAUUAACAAUUUGGAUGAACCAUUUCUUAUUACUUGGAAUGGGAUAGAGCAAAGGAGGAAUUCAUGGCAAGAUGGAGUAUGGGGAACAAAUUGUCCAAUUCCACCUGGGAGGAACUUCACUUAUGCUCUGCAAGUUAAGGAUCAGAUUGGUAGCUAUUACUACUUUCCCUCCCUGGCUUUCCAUAAGGCUGCCGGAGGCUAUGGCGGCAUCAAUAUCGCUAGCCGUUCCGUCAUUCCUGUUCCUUUUCCUCCACCUGCCGGAGACUACACUAUUCUUGUCGGAGACUGGUUCAAACAGAGCCACAAGGAUCUAAAAGCCAUUUUGGACAGUGGCCAUAAUCUUCCAUUUCCAGAUGGACUUCUGAUCAAUGGACGUGGCACAAAUGGUUACAUUUUCACAGUAGAGCAUGGAUUGACUUACAGGUUCAGGAUAUCAAACGUGGGAAUGACAACUUCGAUUAAUUUCAGAAUCCAGGGCCAUAAAAUGCUGCUAGUUGAGGUUGAAGGGAGCCAUACAUUACAAAACACGUACGACUCGAUCGAUGUGCACUUGGGUCAAUCUUACUCUGUGUUAGUAAAAGCUGAUCAAUCUCCACAAGAUUACUACGUUGUCGCCACAACCCGAUUUACGACACAAGUUCUCAGGGCUACUUCGGUUCUUCGAUACAGCAAUUCCUUGAAAAGUGUUUCUGGUCCUCCUCCUGUUGGACCGACAACAGAAACUGAUUGGUCACUUAAUCAGGCCAGAUCACUGAGGCGAAACUUGACGGCCAGCGGACCAAGGCCGAAUCCACAGGGUUCAUAUCACUAUGGAUUGAUCAAAACAACACGGACGAUAAUACUAGCAAACUCUGCCCCGAUUAUCGACGGAAAACAGAGAUACGCUGUUAACGGUGUCUCCUUCAUUCCAGCAGAAACACCCCUUAAACUGGCGGAUUACUUCAACAUUCCAGGGAUUUUCAGUCUUGGCAGUAUUCCUUAUAGUCCUAAUGAUGCCGCUCAUCCUCAUCUCCAGACUGCCGUGAUGGCGGCUGAAUAUCGCGGUUUUGCUGAGAUUGUUUUCGUGAAUUCUGAAGAUACACUUCAGUCAUGGCAUAUUGAUGGACACCAUUUCUUUGUUGUCGGGAUGGAUAAAGGGCAAUGGAAUGCUGCAAGCAGAUUUUCUUACAACCUCCGUGACACGAUAUCACGUUCUUCUGUUCAGGUAUAUCCGAAGUCGUGGACCGCAGUUUACAUGCCUCUGGACAAUGCCGGGAUGUGGAAUGUAAGGUCUGAAGAUUGGGUACGUCAAUAUUUGGGACAACAAUUCUACCUUCGAAUAGUUCCACCUGGGAAUUCGAUGAGAGAUGAAAAUCCAAUCCCUAGCAAUGUUCUUCUUUGUGGUGGAGCGUUAGGCCAUAGAAAACACCAUGUAUAAGUUUUAAGGGUAGGAAUGAAUCACUGUCCAAUUCCAGCUGAUUUUUUUUUUUUUUUUUUUUUGAGGUUUUUCCUUUUAGUUGCAAUUUUUAUAUUGUCACGUGGAAAAACUUUCAACCACAGGCAUUUUUUUUUCUCUUGUUGAUUGUUAUUGAUGAAGAUCAAUUGAAAACGGAGAAUUCGAAUAGUGAUAGAAAAAGUAGUUCUCCAUUGACAGUUGACAUUUGCUAUUAUUGUCCCAUGACAGUUCCCAUUCCGUAAGUUGACUGAAAGAAUG